AUGUGGGGUCGGAGUCCUUUCGAGUCGGUGCGUAUGAACAACAAUCCACCACAUCCACUGCAAGAGGGACCGAAUGGGUUCGUGUUCGCGACAAAACUCGUGAACGGAUGGAAUCGUUUGCAAAUACGUUAUCACCCAUUCGUCAAGAACAAAAAACUUCUUCUGAUGGCACAGGUCAGUCAGUCAUUUAUUCACUCAUUCAUCAGAUUCUAA